AUGUCGGCCAACCCGAACUUCCUCCUUACUCCCCAGCAACAGGAGCUUCUGUUCGCUGCUCUCAAUGCCAAUCGGCCAGCCAACUCGGCAAACACGCUGACCCUGUCGCCCACUUCUCUGGAUGGAUCCCCUGCUGUCUCCAAGGCUCUCGAGCUUGCCAGCGACAGCUACCAAGACAAUUCGUUCCUGGACUACGACUAUUCUUUCGAUGCCGCCGACUCCAGUCUGAAUUUCAGCCUUAACCACGGCGAUAACACCAACAUGGCUGACGCCUUGGGCGAUGGCGCCAAUGACGAUAGCAAAACUGAAUCUACACCCAGCACUACUGAGAACGACUCUCCUGACAAGAGAGUCCAUCCCGAGGACGACGAUGAAGAAGAGUCCUCGGCAAAGCGUCGCGAGGGUGGCGAGAAGGUCCCCAAGAAGCCUGGCCGCAAGCCGCUUACGUCAGAGCCAAGCUCGAAGCGCAAAGCGCAAAACCGAGCUGCCCAGCGAGCCUUCCGCGAGCGGAAGGAGAAGCAUGUAAGGGAUCUCGAGUUAAAGGUUGAGGAGCUGGAGCGGACCUCGGCGAUCACAAGCAGCGAGAACAGUCUGCUCCGAUCAAAGGUGGAGAAGAUGAGUGUCCAGCUGAAUGAGUACAAGAAGCGCCUUGCCAUUGUCGGCUCCUCCCGGGGUGGCUUUCUCGGAUCUGGGCAUCAACAAUUUGGAAACAAAAUCUUCAGCAACAUUAACGAUGUCAACUUUCAAUUUGAGUUUCCAAAGUUUGGACAACUACCAGGGCCUUCGAACGGCUCAACAGCUACAGCAACAGCAGCCGCACGAAGCAACAGCCAGAGCAGCCCGACCGCUGUCGCCGCUGCUUCCACAUAUCGGUCGUCGACGAUGGACAUCUCAUCCCCGGCUCUGGAUGGGUCGACGACUAGUGUUGGCGCUUUUUCCAGCAACCAAACCAGUCCUCAGGACACGUCUCGUAUCAGUCCAGCGAAGACGACCAAAGAUGACUUGUCUAAGCUGUCCAAUGCCUUCACGCCACCUCUCCCUAACAGCAGCAUCGCGACUGCGGCGAGGUCAAGCCUGGAUUCAGGCGCUACAAGCUCUCCUUCGGCUUCCUCCAACAGCAACACUGCCCCAAGCUCAUCGUGUGGAACGUCGCCAGAGCCCUUUAAUCAGUCUCCGUCUGCUUCCAAGCCUCUUGAAAUGUUGACGACCAUCGGGGAAGAACAGCUGACUGCGCUGACGGGCUCGAAUGGCGUCCAAGACCAUUCGCAGUUUGGUGGUGUCAAUAUCAACGACAUUGCCUGGUCUGGCCCCCAGAACGGGUUCCGCUUCGACCCGCAGCUCUUCGGCGAUUACCGCGAGUCGCAGGAGAACAUUCUCUCCAAUGGCGGCUUCGAUGAUAGUUUCUUCAACGAUGCGCUUGACAUUGACUUUGUCACCCCCUUCAACAUAGCCCCAAGCCCUGUUGUGCCCCACAAGCCGGAUAUAAUUGCUGAAAUCGAUGCUGCGAAGGGAGGAGCGAGUUUUCCUCGUCCUCUCUCAAUGGCAAGCUGCCGGCCGGCCAAACUACCCCUCAUGGAACUCUACUCACGUGCAACACAAUAUGGUAUGGAGCGGCUCCAAACAUGUCCCAAGGUUCAGAACGGGGACUUUGAUCUGGAUGGUCUAUGUUCUGAUCUGCAGAAAAAGGCCAAGUGCUCUGGCUCUGGUGCUGUCGUUGACGAGACGGACUUCAAGGCUGUCAUGAAUAAGUAUCUCGGCAACAAAGACGGCGAUGAUGCCUGCGUGCAGAAUCUCGCGGCUUCAAUGCAUUGA